AUGAAUCCACAGAGUAAGGGCCGGUUCUGGAGUGUGUCGGCGUGGAAAGCUCGUCUGAAGCGUGGUGACAGUGCCGAAUCAACCACCAGCACCGUUGACGAGUUCCUCUCCGCACACUCCUCCAUGGCCACCAAGCAGACGGGCCAGACCAACGUGGGGGAGGACCUGGCCGACGAGCAGACCGAACGGUACUCGUCCUCGGUCUACUCAAAGGACGAGGACGGUUGCUCCGUGGUCCUCCCCCCCUUCGACAACAAGAGAGAGGGCAAGGAGGAACACCACCUCAUGUCGCCAAAUCGACGCCACUCUCGCCCGUACGCGGUGAGCAGUGGUGAGUGGGUGUUCGUGUCGGCGUCCGACUCUUCUCUGGGUUCGGUAGGGAGGGUCCUGUCGCUGGACGACCUGAAUGAGGUGCAGCUCGCGUACUCCUUCGAGGGGGUACUCAAGGUCUUCAUCAAGGUCUAUGCGAUGGCCAAAGUUAUGCAGGUCAUCUUCUUGAACUUUGGAGCCGAGCUUGACGAUACAGUGACGGGCCUGACCUACUGGAUCAAUCGUGCGGAGACAGAGGUCCGAUCUGGGGAGCUUGCCGUUCUGAUUGAGAUUGUGGAGAACCUCUUCUACGCGCUCUAUUCUCGAAUGAUCAUCGAAAUGGCCGGCAUCGAGCUCUGUGCUCUCUUCAAGAUUGAAUUGCGAGCCGCGAAUGGCUCUCGAAAAUUCCACCUUCCCGACCCAAACCAUAUGUACCGAAUCUUUCUCGCCUGCAAGGACAACCUCGACAAUUACAACAUCUGCGAGUCGCUCCAGGAAGGGAUCGUUCAUAAGUGGCAGGACGCUUUUGUUCGCCGCCUCGCGGCAAAGGAGGCUGAGAAAGGGUUCAGCCCCGAUGAUAUGCUCGGGUAUCGUCGGUUCGCUCAAAGCGUGGUCUCGGAUCAUCGCUCUGCAUACGUGAGCAAAUGGCGCUCCCUGGUCCCAUUCUUCCCUUCCAUCCCGAAUGAGAUCCUGAUCAUCAUGUCUGAGAAAUGGUUCACCAUUGUGCCAAAGGCCACACCUCCUGACGAUGUCCCCGCCUCCCAACUUCCUUUUAUGGACCUCAAACUGGUCAAUCCCGCGCAAUGGGAGAAAGAACUCAUCUUGGACCACCGGUUAGCAAGCCUGGGCAAACUGGAAGGCAGGUCAGUCGGAGAUGAACGUCGCGACGACCCCAAGAUCCGACUUUUGUACUUGGCCAAGUGUCACAAGUGCAUCUGUACAUCGACCUGUCUGUGUUCCAAGGAGUGUACUAAUUACGUGGAGAGCACCUGCCCGUGCUCCGAACGAUAUGUACGCCUCAUGACGGCUCGUCUUAGCAAAGAGCCAGGCCCCUUUGACUUUUCUGCUCGUGCGAACACGGCUGCUCGUGCGUGUUGGGAGGGGCUCGCAAUGCUUCGACGAGACGUUUCAGACGAGGCAUUCCUCCUCGAAUGGAGCGAGGCUUUUGCGGUGUUUGAGUUGGAGAUUCAGAAGGAGCGUUGGAGUAAGCAGGCCCGAGGGGAGUGA